CAAAAGCACAGCUCAGCUACAGAUACAGCCGUGAAAGCAGUGAAAAGUGGUGGAGGAUAUUCUUUUGUGAAGAAGAAGUGAGCGAUUCGCGACCAAGCAAGUGAAAAAAAAAGAAAUAAAAAUCAAAUUUUUGCCUGUCUUUGUCAGAAUCAAAGGAAUUUUUGCAAGGAAUACCAAACAACAAGCAAUAAUCACGUAAAAUUUUAGCCAGAAAUUAAAUUUUCUUCGAGUGUUUUUCGUGUGUGUCUAUCCUGUGUUCUCGUUACAACACACAUCGCAUACACACACACCACAAACACACACACACACGCGAUCCGUUUCCGUUUUUUAGCCAAAAACGCGAUAAAAAAAGAGGAAAAGUUAAACAAAGGUUAGCGAAUCUCGGUGACGAAAAUCGGAAAAUCCUUGGAAUUCGAAUAUUCGACGUCCGAUACGGAAAAAAUUGAACGGCGGUCAAUCGGUAGUAGAGUUAUUACGGUGUUACGUGAUCACACAAAUUUUUCAUUGUAUAUGCCACAAUCAUACAGCCUUCUAUGCUGAGCAAACAAAGACUCUCUACAAUUUUCCGUACACUUGCAUCAUAAACGUGCGAGUGAGUGAUAUACGGUAAAAAAAAACAUCAAAAUAUAUACAACAAAAAAAUAGUUUUACAUAAUAAUUACAUUACCCGAAAAAAAAAGAAUCCAAUGAAAAUUCAAAUAUAACAAAAAAAAAAGUGAACUCGGAAAAAUAAAAGUCAUUGUAUGUGUUCUGCCACAAGCAAAGUGUUUCUCAAACAAGUGUGAUUUUCUCAAAAAGUAGAAAAUAACAACAAAAAAUAGUCUUUAAAUAAAUCUCUAACAAAAAAACCGAACAAAUCAAAAAAUACAUAAAAAAUGGCAGAUAAAAAGCAAGUGGAACAGCAGUACUACAGUCGACCUCCCAAACUCGGGAAAUGGGAAGGAUUCAAACAGUUUUUAUGGAACAGCGAAACUAGCCAAUUCAUGGGCCGAACAGGCUCUAGUUGGGCAAAAAUUCUCUUUUUCUACGUGUGCUUUUAUGCUUGCCUAAUUGGAUUUUUCGCUGGACUAUUGGCUGUUUUCUAUCAAACAUUAGAUUAUAAAAUGCCCAAAUGGCAAUUAGAUAAUGGAUUGAUUGGUGCAAAUCCAGGAUUGGGCUUCCGACCAAUGCCCCCAGAGUCAAAUGUUGAAAGUACACUUAUCUGGUUCAAACACAGCGAUGCUAAGAAUACCAAAUACUGGGUUGAUGAAGUCAAUAAUUUCUUGAAACCAUACAGAGAGGCAGCUGAGAAGAAGGCCGACAAUCGCGUUGAAUGUUCAUUCGAUAACCCACCCACAGAUGAGAAAGUUUGCAACAUCAACAUCGAUAAAUUUGAUCAAUGCACACCAAAGCACAACUACAGCUAUCCCAAAGGAAAGCCAUGUGUAUUUUUGAAGUUGAACAAGAUCUACAACUGGCGACCAACUUUGUACAACAACUCGAAGGAAUUGCCAGAAAAGAUGCCACAACACUUGAAGACUUUCAUUGAAAGCGAGGAACGACGAGGUGGAGCGAAUAGCAAAAAUACAAACAUGGUUUGGAUAUCGUGCGAGGGCGAGAACCCAGCCGAUGUUGAGAACAUUGGCUCGAUACAGUACAUCCCACGAAGAGGAUUCCCAUCCUAUUAUUUCCCCUAUUUGAAUCAACCUGAUUAUUUGCCGCCACUAAUUGCCAUUUAUUUCGAAAACCCAAAACAGGGUGUUCUUAUCAACAUUGAAUGCAAGGCAUGGGCACGUAACAUCCAUCACGAUCGUACCGAACGAAGAGGAUCAGUUCACUUUGAAUUAAUGGUUGACUAAAUAUAUGCGAGGCAUUAUUAUAGCAACAACAACAACAACAACCGCAAGAACUUUAACAAAUACAGCAACAAACUGAACAUCUUUAAGGUAGUAGAAGAAAAAAAAGAAGAAGAAGUAAAAAAUGAUGAAAAUAAUAAAAACGUAUCAUCAUCAUCAUCUGUCACACGAAAAUUGUUGCAAAACGUUAUUAAAUUUCUGAUGAUAAUAUUUGCCGCAGAACUUUGUUUGCUUUUACUACUAAACAUAAUAAUAUUAGUUUUAUUACAACUACUAAAGUUAAAAUUUAUAGAUUUAAUAAGAACAACAAAUAAUAAUGAACGACAAGUAAGUAAUAAUAAAAAUUAUAAAUUUGGUUCAAUUGAAUCAAUGAUAAUAAUGAGUUGCAAAAGUUCAUGAUAUCAAGGGUCAGCAGCAGCAACAACACCCCUCUGCGCAUGUAACAUUGGAGAUAUUAUUUAAAGUUUAAUAAUUUAUACAUAUGAAUAAAAAAAAUAUGAUAAAAACAUUUUCCACACAUAACUUACAAGCUUGUUAUAAAUAAAUUUUAACUUUAUCGCCAGAUUUGUUAAAGUCAAAUUAAGUACCUAUAUAGAAAAAUACGCAAAUUCUAUGCAGUACGACUACUUUAGUAGAAGAGAGAGUGCAUUAAACAAAUAAGCAUACUAAAAAAUAAAUAGUGUAUAGAUAUCAUAAUAAAAAAAACGAUAAUUUCAUAUAGAACUUCAGAAAAAAAAGAAAUAAUAUAAAAAAUGGAAAGUAAGUCAAAUUGGAUAAAUGACAAAGGGAAAAGGUACAUCAUACGGUUAUUGUCUAUUUUUACUUUAAUACAAAACAACAAAAUUUAACCGAAAAAAAAUUAA